CAAUAAUUUAAUUCCAACCCCAACCACAAUCGGAAGAGAAAUUCCGCCCAAACCCCCAAAAAGGGGCAGAGGAAGCUCUUUUGGUGUUGAUUUUGAUCGAUUUAGCCGAUUUUGUUGAUGGGUUCUUGCCAUUCGUCUCUAAAAGGGCGGCAGAGCAGAGGCGGCGCUGAUUCUGCCGCGGCGGCGGAAUCCCCAAUAGCUUCUACAAUCAACUCAUUUUCUUCUGCUUCUUCGUUUUUGUACUCUAAGACCAGUAAGCCGCGUUGGUGGAAGAGCAAUUCCACUAAAACUUUUGGCGUUGGGGUUUGUUCAGAGAAGGUUCAUGAAUUUGAGGUUCCGGGGCGGAUUUGUUCAAAUGGGUCAUCGAGAAUCGCUUGUUUGUAUACGCAACAGGGGAAGAAAGGGGUUAAUCAAGAUGCCAUGGUUGUGCAUGAGGCUUUCGGUUCGAAAAGAGAUACAAUAUUUUGUGGGGUAUUUGAUGGACAUGGUCCUUUCGGACAUAUGGUUGCGAAAAAAGUUCGGGAUACCCUUCCUCUAAUCCUAUGUACACAAUGGACAUCUAAAUCAAACGAAGAUCAAAGCAGUGUCGUUAAGACGAACCAUUCCAGAAGUUCAAAUUCUGAAAAUUCUGUUGCUCUGGACGGCGAUGAAGAUUCUUACAAGUCACUGGAGGCCGAGGAAAACGAAAAAUUCCCCAAGAUGUUUCUGCCACUCAAAGUAUCUUUACUGAAGUCCUUCAAAUUAAUGGAUAAGGAGUUGAAACUGCAUCCGAAAAUUGAUUGUUUUUGCAGUGGAUCGACGGCUGUGACUCUAAUAAAGCAGGGUCAGAACCUUAUACUUGGAAAUGUCGGUGACUCGAGAGCGGUGCUGGCUACAAUAGACGACGAUAACUCUUUGAUUCCAGUUCAACUAACGGUGGACUUGAAACCCGACCUUCCUGCUGAAGCUGCUAGGAUCCAGCAAUGCAAAGGACGGGUCUUCGCUUUACAGGACGAGCCUGAAGUUGCACGAGUAUGGUUGCCUAAUAACGAUUCACCUGGUUUGGCAAUGGCGAGAGCUUUCGGAGACUUUUGUCUGAAGGAUUUCGGUCUAAUUUCUGUUCCCGACGUUUAUUAUCGUCACCUUACGGCGAGAGAUCAGUUCGUAAUUCUUGCCACUGAUGGGGUUUGGGAUGUUCUUUCGAAUAAAGAAGCUAUUGAAAUUGUUGCUUCAGCCCCAUCUCGCGAAACAUCAGCCAGGGCUCUUGUCGACUGCGCCGUUCGUGCAUGGAGGUUGAAAUAUCCUACAUCCAAGAACGACGAUUGUGCUGUUGUAUGUCUCUUUCUCGAGUACGAGCCUGAAAUAGAAGAAAACACAGCCACUAAACCAGUGGAAGAAGAUCUAGCCCCGCCGAGCGAGGACACGAAAGAUAUUGAAGUCGAUUCUAACGAUCAUGGCACGAUUGGAAGCUCUAAUGAGAUUGUACCUGUCGACGACACAACAGACGAGAAGGUUGGAGGUGGUGGUCGAAACCCGUCGAAGAGAAGCUUAGCGGAGUGCAUUUCGAAUGAAGAGGAGGAAUGGUCAGCAUUGGAGGGUGUUACGAGAGUGAAUAGUCUCCUAAGCCUUCCGAGGUUCCUGUCGGGUGACAAAAGGUCAGGCAGCUGGAGGAAGUGGCUAUGAGGUUUGUCUUUUUCAUGUCAUUUUUAUUGGUCAUAUUUCUUGUGGAUAUAACAUUUUCAUUUUCAGUGCUCUCUUGCAAAUAAAAGAAAAUUUGUAUUUGGAACAAAAGAUCUGUAGUAUUGUUUAUAAUCUCAAUUUGGAGGCAGAAAGGUUUGUUUUUCAAA